AGCCGCACCGUGGGUAUAGGUGGGUAUAGGCGGUGUGCCUGUCUGCGUAGAAGCACCGGCGUUCUAGCUGGAGGAUGGGUAUCCGACGACCAUUGGCAUCACUCGCCUUUCAGUGGUAUCCGUUUCCCACUUCCUAUGGGCCCGCGGAGAUCACCCCGAUGGGCGUGAGCGGUACUGAACACUUGAAGCACAAUCUGGGUGAGAACAAAGCUGUCCGACACCUCGAACUCCGUACCAAACAGGCCUUUUCGGCGACGGAUCUGCGGAAUGUUGGACGGUUGCUCAAGGAUAACAAGGUGCUCGAGUCGCUUACUCUUAAAGCGGACGAUCAUUUGUCCACAGUCGACUGCAGAGUCAUCGAAAAGUUUGCCGCAGGCCUGAAGGCCGCCAGCAAACUCGAACAUCUCGACAUGCAUGUGCAAUUCCCGGAUGACGUUGCGAAACAUCAUGUCAUCAGAUCGUUCCUGUGGAAGGAUGGCAAAGCCGAUCGCGCAUGUCACAAGCUCCUGCAUCUAAGACUGGACGGCACGCUCGGACUCGCGACAUACAUCACCGCGCUCCGGGAAAUCGAUAAACGCGCCCAGCAUCACUUUUUCGGAAUGUCACUGAAGGACCAGCUAGAUAUCACGCGACCAGCUCAUCUCCCCAAAAGCUUGUUCCAUUUGAACUCGGGUCCAGACGUUUUGGCGAAGCACCUGCGCGACGCGUGCAAACUGCGCCAUGAAGCAGAAUUCCCGGAUUGCGUUUACUGCUCGUAG